ACAGUGGUCCUGGUGUUGGUGUUGUGUGGAGGAGCUGAUGGGUGAUCGAUGGAGGCCGUGUUGUGGAUCACGUCGACAUAAAAUAAAAUCAUCUCUAACAUCAGGACUCAUCUUUGUUCGUCGGUCCGAGCUGAGCUGCUGACACGCGAACAGCAUCAUGUUAGCCAGGAAGGGCCUCCUGCCUGACGGUUUCCUGCUGACCCGUCUGGCGGAGGACCAGAAACAGCUGAACCGUACACGCUCCAGAGUCCAGAGAGCGCGCUUCAUCACCAAGAGCGGAUCCUGCAACGUGGCCCACAAGAACAUCAUGGAGCAGGGUCGGUUCCUGCAGGAUGUCUUCACCACCAUGGUAGAUCUGAAGUGGCAGCACUCCUUCCUGAUCUUCACCUCCGCCUUCCUGUGCUCCUGGAUGCUCUUCGCCAUGAUCUGGUGGCUCCUCGCCUUCGCUCACGGCGACCUGGAGCCUCGAGACCCCAACGGCGAGCCGGGCCCCGUGCCCUGCGUCACCGCCAUCCACUCGUUCACCUCAGCCUUCCUGUUUUCCAUCGAGGUCCAGGUAACCAUCGGGUUCGGAGGCCGGAUGGUGACGGAGGAGUGUCCGCUGGCGAUCACCGUGCUGAUCGUUCAGAACAUCCUGGGUCUGAUCAUCAACGCCGUGAUGCUUGGCUGUGUGUUCAUGAAGACGGCGCAGGCCAACCGGCGUGCAGAGACGCUCAUCUUCUCCAAACAUGCCGUCAUCGCUCCUCGAAACGGGCGGCCGACCUUCAUGUUCAGAGUCGGAGACCUGAGGAAGAGUAUGAUCAUCUCUGCCACCGUCCAGCUGCAGGUGAUCAGGCGGACGGUGACGGCGGAGGGCGAGGUCAUCCCGGUGUGUCAGCUGGACAUCCAGGUGGAGAAUCCUCUGAGGAGUAACGGCAUCUUCCUGGUCUCUCCUCUGAUCAUCAGCCACACCAUGGAGAGAGGGAGUCCGCUCUACGAGCUCUCCGCUCAGUCGCUGGCCUCCGAGGACCUCGAGAUCAUCGUCAUCCUGGAAGGUGUGGUGGAAACCACGGGGAUCACCAUGCAGGCCCGGACCUCCUACACCCCUGAAGAGAUCCUGUGGGGGCGGCGCUUCGUCUCCAUCAUGACAGAGGAGGACGGGCGUUACUGCGUCGACUACUCAAAGUUCGGAAACACCGUCCCCGUCCGCAUGUCGUCUCUCAGCGCCAAGGAGCUGGACCAGACCAGAGGGGUCCAGGACGGGGGCACGGACGUAAACCUGCAGGGCUGGGGGCUGGUCCGAGCCGGCAGGGGGGGCUUCCGCAGAGGAGGCCGGACCUGCGAUACCUCAGCCACUCAGCCCUGGUACGCCCAAUCAGAGAAGGCGGAGGUAGGGUUGGAGCAGGAAGGACAGAAGAAGAAGGUGCAGCUGGAGGUGAUUGGACGACAGAUGGAAGAGGACGGACUGGGAGACAUGAGCGAAUGAAAACCAGUUAAACAGACUCUGAUUCAUACACUGGAAAUCAUAAACAGUUUAUUUAUUGUACUCUAUCUCUUAAAGGGGCAGUGCAGUAUUUUUACACUUUGGCUUUAUCCACUCAAAGCUGUUGUUUUUGUCCCUGACAGGCUCAGGUUGUAAUUAAUAAGUAUGACAUCAUCACAGAAAGGAUACCUGGAGGGAGAGACAGACUGGAAACACGUCCGUUAAUAUCAAAGGAAGAAUGUGUGACAU